UUUUUUUUCUUUCCAUUUGGGAUCAGCCUCUCGCUCUCGCUUUAAUGCUUUAGCGAAACCUGUGCUGUGCCUCUGUGAGAGAGAGAGAGAGAGAGAGAGAGCAAUUUUUCAUCUCCUAUUUGUUAAAGAGUGCAUGGAGGAGGAUAAUCAUCCUCAUCAUCUAAGACAUCAUCAUCAUCAAGAUCACAACUUCCCGGAGAGGAAGGGGCAAAAGCGUAAACUGGAAGUAGAAGAUGAAAUCAUCGAAGAAGAGGAAGAAGAUGAGCGAGGCGGCGGCGGCGGAGGCGUCGGAGGAGAGAUCUCCGGCCCUCCCUCCGGCGACGCCAAGCAAGCUCUACUCUGCGAGGUCGCUGCUCAGGUCACUGUCCUCAACUCCUCUUUCUCUUGGAGAGAGCCCGAUCGCUCCGCCGCCAAACGCGCCACUCACGUCCUCGCCGAACUCGCCAAAAACGAGGAAGUGGUUAACGUGAUUGUUGAAGGCGGCGCAGUACCGGCUUUGGUGAAGCAUCUACAAGCGCCGGCUUGUAGUGAAGGUGAGCGGAGUUCGAAGCCGUACGAGCAUGAAGUUGAGAAAGGAAGUGCUUUUGCGCUAGGGCUUCUUGCUGUGAAGCCUGAGCAUCAACAGCUUAUAGUUGACACUGGUGCAUUGUCAUAUCUUGUGGAUCUGUUAAAGAGGCACAAGGAGGGUUCUAGUUCUCGUGCUGUGAAUAGUGUUAUUCGUCGAGCUGCUGAUGCUAUCACCAACCUUGCUCAUGAAAAUAGCAGCAUUAAAACCCGUGUCAGGAUGGAAGGUGGGAUUCCACCUCUUGUUGAAUUGCUUGAAUUCACUGAUACAAAGGUGCAAAGAGCUGCUGCUGGGGCACUGCGAACCCUGGCAUUUAAAAACGAUGAAAACAAGAAUCAGAUUGUUGAAUGCAAUGCACUUCCUACCCUCAUUCUGAUGCUUCGAUCUGAAGAUACUGCUAUACAUUAUGAAGCGGUUGGUGUGAUCGGAAAUCUGGUGCACUCAUCUCCAAACAUAAAGAAAGAAGUUCUUCAGGCUGGAGCUCUGCAACCUGUUAUUGGAUUACUUAGUUCGUUGUGUUCUGAGAGUCAAAGGGAGGCAGCCUUGUUACUUGGACAAUUUGCUGCAACUGAUUCUGAUUGCAAGGUUCACAUUGUACAGAGGGGUGCUGUCAAACCUUUGAUUGAGAUGCUUCAAUCUUCUGAUGUUCAGCUUAGGGAAAUGUCAGCCUUUGCAUUGGGGAGGUUGGCACAGAAUCUCUACUUUCAGGACACACACAACCAAGCUGGUAUUGCUCAUAAUGGUGGUUUGGUGCCAUUACUGAAGCUUCUGGAUUCCAAAAAUGGGUCCUUGCAACAUAAUGCUGCAUUUGCUCUCUAUGGCCUAGCAGACAAUGAGGAUAAUGUGUCUGAUUUUAUUAGGGUGGGAGGCGUUCAGAAGCUGCAGGAUGGAGAGUUUAUAGUUCAAGCAACAAAAGAUUGUGUAGCCAAGACAUUGAAAAGAUUAGAGGAGAAGAUUCAUGGACGGGUCUUGAACCAUCUGUUAUAUCUUAUGCGUGUAGCAGAGAAGGCUGUCCAAAGACGAGUUGCUUUGGCUCUUGCCCAUCUUUGUUCCCCAGAUGACCAGAGAACCAUAUUUAUUGAUAACAAUGGGUUGGAGUUGCUCCUUGGGCUUCUUAGUUCUUCUAGCCCUAAGCAGCAACUUGAUGGUGCUGUGGCUCUAUACAGGUUGUCCAAUAAAGCCAUGGCUCUUUCUCCUGUUGAUGCAGCUCCCCCAUCUCCAACACCACAGGUCUAUUUAGGGGAGCAAUAUGUAAACAAUGUUACAUUAUCUGACGUUACAUUUCUAGUUGAAGGUAAACGGUUUUAUGCUCAUAGAAUCUGCCUGCUUGCUUCUUCAGAUGCAUUUCGUGCAAUGUUUGAUGGUGGUUACCGGGAAAAGGAUGCCAGGGACAUAGAGAUUCCAAAUAUUAAAUGGGACGUUUUCGAGUUGAUGAUGAGAUUCAUAUACACUGGAUCUGUAGACGUUACAUUGGAUAUUGCACAAGAUCUCCUCAGAGCUGCUGAUCAGUAUCUCUUGGAGGGGCUUAAGCGACUUUGCGAGUAUAGUAUUGCACAGGAUAUAUCAUUGGAGAAUGUGUCAAGCAUGUACGAACUUUCAGAAGCCUUUCAUGCAAUGUCAUUGAGGCACACGUGCAUCUUGUUUAUCUUGGAGCAAUUUGAUAAAUUGAGUGAUAGGGCAGGGCACUCGCACUCUCAUCUGAUCCAGCGUAUAAUACCAGAGAUCCGUAAUUACUUUGCUAAAGCACUUACUAAGCAUAACUCACAUAACAUGCGGCUGUAGAUUGCUGCCCUUCUAUUCUUGAUCUCUAACCAAAUGUGUACAGAAAUGGUAGUUCUUGUUGUUGAGCCGGUGGAAGGUUCUAAUUUGUUGAUUGUAGUGAGGCUCGUAAUCUUUCUCUGAUGCCAGAGUCCUGUUGCUUGUGAUCACGCUGUGAGUUUCUUCUGUAACGCCAUUGUCUUAGAUAUUGAGGGGAAUAUGACCAUGAUCAUAUUGUCAUUCAUGCACUGAUGGUUAUUUGACUUCAAAGUGUAGUCCCAAGUGUAGUGAAUUUGGCAUUCCCUGAAAGAUGCUUUUUUGUGCAAUAAUAAUACGUUGCUUGAUUUCUCUUUGAACAGUA